AUGACCGAGGCCUCAGUCCGGUUCAUCUUUACUCUGUCGACGCUCCUUCUGUGCUGCUUUCUCGCUGCUGGUUACCAGCCGAACCUGAACCCCAAACAGGACAUCAGAACGGACCCCUCCACCAUGAGCGCCCUCAAGCGACUGCCGCCGUUGCUGUUUCCCGCAACCAAGCUGCACACGGCCACCGUCAUCUUCGUCCACGGACUGGGUGAUACUGGGGCCGGCUGGGCAGAUGCGGUUCAGAACUGGCGCCGCCGCUCGAGGCUGGAUGAGGUCAAGUUCAUCCUGCCGCAUGCACCUCAAAUCCCCAUCACAUGCAACGGCGGCAUGAGGAUGCCAGGAUGGUACGACAUCGUCGCCCUCGGCGGCUCCACCAACGACCUGCGGCGGCAGCAGGACGAGGCGGGCCUGCUGGUCAGCCGGGCGUAUCUGUCGGGGCUGAUCCAGUCCGAGAUCGACGCGGGGAUCCCGGCGGAGCGCAUCGUGCUGGGCGGGUUCUCGCAGGGCGGCGCCAUGGCGCUGUUCACGGGCCUGACGGGCAAGGUCAAGAUCGGCGGCAUCGUCGGCCUGUCGUCGUACCUGCCGCUCGACAGCCGCCUGCCCGAGUUCCUGAGCGAGGGCAACGUCAACGAGAAGACGCCCAUCCUCAUGUGCCACGGCUCCGCCGACCCCAUCGUGCCCACCGCCUUUGGCAAGGAGAGCUCCCAGAUCCUCACCAAGACCGGCUUCCAGGUCACCUGGAAGGAGUACCCGGGUAUGGGCCACUCUGCGUGCUUGGAGGAGCUCGACGAGGUCGAGGCGUUCUUGGGCAGCAGAUUACCAGCGUUGGGAGAGGAGAAGAAGUCUGAGUUGUAA